CGCGUUAUAAUUUAAACAGGAACUAAGCAAUUGCCCAAGUAUAAAGAGCUCAUUUUAAAAUCAAACCGUUUUUAACUGUUAACAAAAAUGACAAUUGUCUAAUAAACAACAAUUAACGGUAAAGUAAAGUGCACUGUCAUUUCAGUAUUUGCUGUCAUCGAAGACUGAGACAUAAGUUUUAUUUUUGUGACAGAUGCGCAGGACGAAAAACUUGGAAGCACACAUUGACUCGGGCAGCUGGGAAUAACCCCAGCUAUCAGAACGGUCCAGUGUUUGAAACGAUUAAAAAAAAUCUUCACAAUACAAUAGUAUUGUAAAUGUAAUCGAGACAGACUAUUUAUUUAUAUCUGUUGCUGUAUAAGCACGCCGUCGAAGCUUUCUUAUACUGUAUGAAAAUGGAGGAUCAAAAGGAGAAUAUAAAAUAUCAAAAUGAAAACCAACCAAAACCCAAUGUUCAGGAGAAACGUGAGACUGCUGCUCAAGAUAAACAAUGCUGCACACCCGAUGAGAAGGAGGAAGCCCCCUCUGCCUCCAGUAAAAGCGAAUUCAGUGAUCCUGUUUACAAAGAGAUAGCUCUUGCAAACGGCCACAUCAACAGGAUGAGUAAAAUUGAGCUCAGCGCCAAGCUUGCAGACUUAAAACUUGAAACCAGGGGCGUGAAAGAUGUGUUAAAGAAGAGACUCAAAAGUUAUUACAAGAGGCAGAAACUGAUGCAGACGGUGCAGACUGAGAGCAGCAGCAAUGACACCUAUUACAAGUACAUCUGCGUUGUGGAUUUCGAAGCCACGUGUGAGGAAAGCAAUCCACCAGACUACCUCCAUGAGAUCAUUGAGUUCCCUGUGGUCCUCAUCAACACACACACAAUGGAGAUUGAAGAUUCAUUUCAGGAAUAUGUGAAGCCAGAAAUUAACAGCCAGCUUUCUGAUUUCUGUGUCCUACUUACUGGAAUCACACAGGAAACUGUUGAUAAGGCUGAUACCUUUCCUAAUGUGCUUCAGAAGGUAGUGGACUGGCUUAAAGAAAAGGAGCUUGGAACAAAGCAUAAAUAUGCAGUGCUGACCGAUGGAUCCUGGGAUAUGGGUAAAUUCUUAAACAUUCAGUGCCAUAUAAGCCGUAUCCGGUAUCCUCAGUUUGCCAAGAAAUGGAUAAAUAUACGCAAAGCCUACGGAAACUUUUACAAGGUACCCAGAACCCAAACCAAGCUGACGACAAUGCUGGGGAACCUUGGGAUGAAGUAUGAUGGCCGGCCUCAUUGCGGGCUGGAUGACUCCCGGAACAUCGCCCGGAUAGCCAUGCGCAUGCUGAAGGACGGCUGCGUGCUACGUGUCAACGAGAGGAUGCAUGCCGGCCAGCUGAUGAGUGUGUCUAGCAAAGCACCUGUUGAGGGUGCUCCUCCACCACACUGUCCCCAUUCCAGAAACUAACAAACCCAUUUGGACAGACUGCUUUUUAGGGACAAGACCGUGAGGCCUUAGUGUACAUGAUGAUUAUUAACAGAACUGACUGAAAAGUAAUCUUCUGGCUGGAAAAUUGGUGUACUGUCUGAUCACCAUGUUGGCUGCCUUUAAACAUAGAGUUGCUUUUAAAUUCCCUGUAAUAGAUUUAAAAGAAAUCCACGCUCUAUAUAAGCAGGUAGCAAACAAAAAAAUGUUUGUUUAGUUUUGCGAAAGUAAGAGCUAUUGGUGCUUGAGGUGAGCUUCUUGUUUUGUCUUUUGCAAUGUACUUGUGCCCCCUGGAAACAUGGGUGUUUCUAUUAUAA